CGGAAGUCCGGCCGCGGCUUCGCGGCCUGGGAGCGCGGUGCAGAGGUUGGCGGACUGUGAGCGGGGCGAUGCCGCGGGCGGCGGGGCUCGGCCGUGCAGCGGCGCUGGGGCCGCUGUUGGCGGCUCACGUGGUGGCGGCGAUCGAGCCCAUCAGCGUGGGCAUCGCCCUCGGGGCCGCGUCCGCCCUCACCGGCUACCUGUCCUACACGGACCUGUACUGCCGCUUCGCCGAGUGCUGCCGCGAGGAGCAGCGGCUCAACGCGUCCGCCCUCAAGCUGGAAUUAGAGGAGAAGCUGUUUGGGCAGCAUCUGGCCACAGAGGUGAUUCUCAAGGCGCUGACUGGCUUCAAGAACAAUAAAAACCCCAAGAAACCGCUGACUCUGUCCUUACACGGCUGGGCUGGCACGGGCAAGAAUUUUGUCAGCCAAAUUGUGGCUGAAAAUCUUCACUCAAAAGGCCUGAAGAGUAACUUUGUCCACCUGUUUGUCUCGACUCUGCACUUCCCUCACGAGCAGCACAUAAAACUGUACCAGGACCAGUUACAGGGAUGGAUCCGGGGUAACGUGAGUGCGUGUGCCAGCUCCGUGUUCAUAUUUGACGAGAUGGACAAAUUGCACCCCGGGGUCAUCGACGCGAUCAAGCCGUUUCUAGACUACUACGAGCAGGUUGAUGGCGUGUCUUACCGGAAGGCCAUUUUCAUGUUUCUCAGCAAUGCCGGUGGGGACCUCAUAACUAAGACCGCCCUUGACUUCUGGCGGGCAGGAAGAAAGAGGGAGGACAUCCAGCUGAAGGACCUGGAAUCCGUGCUGUCCGUCGGAGUCUUCAACAAUAAACACAGUGGCCUGUGGCGCAGCGGGCUGAUAGACAGAAACCUCAUCGACUACUUUAUCCCCUUCCUCCCCCUGGAGUACAGACACGUGAAGAUGUGUGUCCGAGCCGAGAUGAGGGCCCGCGGGUCGGCCGUAGAUGAGGACAUUGUCACCAGGGUGGCAGAGGAAAUGACGUUUUUCCCCAAAGGCGAGAAAAUCUACUCAGACAAGGGCUGUAAGACUGUGCAGUCACGGUUGGAUUUUCACUGACCUCUCAUCCAGGCGGGGGAAGAGGCUCCCCCGGGAGCUCAGCAAGCGAGGGCCUUGCCCUUCCGGAAGCACUUUGAAGACUCCUUCGGGGUUUGCACAUUUGCACCUGUGGACUUUCGGGAUCUAGAAGUUUCUAAGAGCUGAGUUUUGAAAAGACGCCGAUCUGGUGAGUGCGCCUGUCAGUUUGGACCAGACGGCAAUCCAUCUGUCAACUGCGGUGGAAGAUGAACUUUUAAAAUCCCUCCCCUCACUUACUGACCUUGACGGAAGUGCCUUGCAAACAGCUGUGUGCGUGAGACCUCCCCUUCCACCCCCCCACCACCCCCCCCCCCCCCCCCCCCCCCCGCCCCCAGCACCUGUUCCAGGUGCUCUAGAAGCUGCUGCUCUAACUCAAGGAGUCCCAGGGCCCCUGCGCAAUUCGGGGAGCUUUUGGUUUGCACCUGCUAAGAACCUGCUCUGUUCCUUUGCACAGAGAGUGUCCAUUGGCUUGAAGUAUUUUCAGUUAAAAUCGGUGGCACCCUCGGGCACAGGGUCCUGUGGCGAUGUGGGCCUGCACACCGAGCCUUCUCAGCCAGGUGACCGGCCUGCCUGCGGUGUGGGGUCUCCAUCCGAGGCCUCUCCAGCAGACCGGGACAGGUGGCCUCUCAGGCUCCUGGAAUUCCUUUGCCGUCAUUUGGUAUCGACCCCACCUUCCCUGUACCCCCUUCUCCUGAACUAGAUUUGUCCCCAACCAUAUGUCAUCACUAGGGUGAGAUCAGAACGAGACCGUGAGUUGUGAAUUUGAGGCCUUGGUUCCCGUGGUGAAACGUUUGUCUGUUACAAUGUAUGCGUGGGCCAAUCUGUCACUUUGCUCCAGAGAACCAUUUGGAAUCCGUGGGACGUGCUCAGGCUCCGUGGACGACACGGGCCACUGAGUGGUCAGCUUGCAGGCUCUGCGUUGCCAAAGAAGCCUUAGGUAUCGCACACCAGAAACGCUAGGGUUUUCAAAGAUACGUAUAUUUUUUAUAAUGUUUUUACUCGCAAAUCUUAGAUGAUAGAAAAACGUAUAGGACAUAGCUCAUUUUAAAGCAUGGGAAAGGACACGAGAUGCAAUAAUUGUCUAUUCCUUUAUCAGAAACUCUUAGCAAAAACAGUUGCGUUUUUGUUACGAGGUGCGUGGUCAGACAUGGUCACGGAUGCAGAUCAAACAAGGUCAGUGUAAAGCAGCUGGUCCUGGGUGUCAUCUGAGGACACCCUAAAUGGCAGCACCAGGCUGGGCUGCCCUGGCCGCCGGGAAAUAAGGCGGAUUCCAGCCGGUGUGAAUCGUGCGUGUCAUAACUGCAGUGCACCUGCAGACACGUGAUAAGAACGACGUGCAGCAAAUUUAUGUGUACAAUUUAAACGAAUGUCUUCAUGACCCCGGAGGGCCUUCUGGAGGGUCACAUUUAGCCUUUUAAAAAUGCCAAGGCUUAACAUUUUGAGUACGUGUUCUCGAACUGGAGCCCAGUGACAUCUCUUUCCUAGCCCCGCAAGCGUCUGGCCAGGCAGAGACGGAGAUCUUCCCUGUUGACAGUGACGCAACUCCCUGGACACGUGUGGGCCACCUUUGGACUGCGGUUACUGAUUUGUCACCUGAAGAGGGAGGCCACGGUUGACCACAGCCCAGCCUCCCUCACCCUGUGUAGGAUGCAGACGAGGCCUUGAAUUGACCUACUGAAGAGAAAAUAAAGACUAAAUUUUAUCAUGUGA